GACAUUGGUAAAAUUAAAACUUUGUGAAAUCCUGUUUUCAUCAUUGUCGCUAGGGGGCGCAGCUGCCUUAACCUCUGACCACCAUCAUUUUGCAGCAGACGAAACAAGCUUCCUGAAAAAUUGUUCACAAAACUUUGUCCUUCGCGAGUCAACAGUUAAGAAACUGUCGCCGUCAUGAGUGGCAAAUGUUACAGAUGCGCUACAAAAUUUGGUCUGUUCAAAAAAGAGGUUGGGUGUCCCAGAUGUGGGUUUGCCUUCUGCAGUAAGUGUGUGGGCAAGUCUGUGGUGCUACCAGGACAACAGGCAGCCAAAAACGUGUGUUACAAAUGUUACGACGAAGUCACAAGUGAAAAGACGAAGACAGCUGCAGGGAGAUACUCCCCACCAGCAAAUUUCAAAAAGAGACUGGAGAAACAUGCAGCAGCCUCAAACAGAUCCCACACCACAGCCCCACUACCCGGGGGACCUGUACAGGGGAGGUUUCCCCCUGGGUCUAAGGACAGAGAGAUCGCUAAGAGGCUACAGAGACUUAAGGAAGACAGAAAACCAGCCCACAUCCCCACAGAACAGGAGAUGGCAGCCAGACUGGCAGCCCUGAAGGGUACAGACAAACCGCCCCCCUCACAACAAGACAUCACAGACAGACUGGCCAUACUCCAGGGGAGGGAUCCUGCUGCCUCACAGGCUAGCUCAUCGCUACUUCAGCCAACCCAGAAGAGGACAGAUGUAGAGAGGGUGGACAGCCUGCUCAACCAAAUAGGGGAGGAGGUUUCACUAGACAACAGGGCAGAUGGUAUCACACAGGAAGGUGCAGAGAAUGACCUUGGGAAGGAGGGUCCGUCCAGGGACAUGUCCACAUCCUCAGGCCUGCCCACCAACAUCCCCGCACGGUCCGACAGUCCCACGGACACAACGCCAACACAGGAGGAGGUACAGAACCUCAUCUCACAGGCCCGGGCCGAGCUGGGGACAGAACAGGCAGGCAGGCAGAGAACACAGGAGCUGGCACACAGGCUGGACAGGCUCAAGGGACUGGACAACCUCACAGGAGAUGGGGCGUGCUCCAAGUGGGACAGUGAUGAGGACGAAGCAGAGACAACCAGAAGGAUUCUUCAACAGGCCCUAGAAGAGGACAAGUUAGAUGAGAAGGUCAAAGCAUCGGGAUAUGCAGACCUCCUGGGUCAAAAGAAGGGUAAAGUUUCCAACAAGGCUCCAGGUGCAACCAAGGCAAGCAGACAAAAGUUUGUUGCUGACGAGUCAGACAGUGAUGAGGAGCUGCCCUGGUGUUGCAUCUGUAACCAGGACGCCGUCCUGACAUGUCACGGCUGUGAUGAGGACCUGUACUGUAGGAGGUGCUACAGGGAGGGACAUGACCGUAUGGACAUGGAAGAUCACACCACUUCCCCAUACAAACCUCCAGCUAAGGGCAGAUGAUUAGUAGUAAGAGUAAUUCUCUCUGUCUUCACGGUACUAACAAAAUUUCAUGGUCUGAGGAAAAUAGACAUGUUCACUGAACUCAAAUCUUCAUGGUGGGGAUGAGAGUGGGUGAAAUACAAGAUUGGUAACACUAACAGUAAGGAUAUUAUGUUCAAGGUACAAAAGUGACCAUGAAAACUGUGAACAUUAUUAUAGUACCGUGACAAAAUCAGGAAUUACAUUUAUAUACAGUUACUAGUAAGCGAAAGAGUCAAAACUAGUAAGUUUAUGAGUGGAAACCUUGCUCAGAAACGAAGUUUUAAUAACAGAAGGUAUUUACAUGUGUCUUAUAGUAUUGGCAAGUUUUCACACAGUUGCAGUUUGUUUUACAACACUGUUUUUUUUGUUGCUUUGAAAUACUGACUGCUGAUAUUAGAAACAUAAAUUGGGUAGGGUAAGGUACAUGUAUUAUGGCAGCUUUUUGUAUGACAAGUAUGACAAGAAUUGAGAUAGUGUAACAUGCAUGACCUUAAUAUGUAAACGUUUCUAGUAUAGACUCAAGUAAACUACAAAACUGAAGUGAACAUGUGUAACAUGUAAAGAAGAACACAAACAAGUACAAUGAUACAACUGUACAUACUAACAAGAGUACACUGUCAUGCAUAGUGAUGCAUACCUAAACCCAAUUUUAGGUUCAGGUCCGGAUUCAAGUCCAGAGGUUUAGGUUCAGUUCCGGACAUGGCAUAUACAAAAUUGCAUGUUGGCAACCUUGCAA